ACAAAUACCACUGUGCAUUUUCUUUCAUUUUAGCUGGUGGAAACUCUCGUGUUGGUCUUCGUCUUCUACCGUGUGAAUAUUCACCUGUAUCAUAUCCACAUACCCCGUGUCCCAUUUUUGCCUAGUGUUUGCUUUGUAACCAGAUCGACGUGUAAAGAACACAAACCCCGUCAGAUAUUGUUUCACUUAUUUGUGAACCCUUUUCCUUUAGUCUUAACUCAAAAUCACACCUUUGUCCGCUAUGUCCUUCAGAAAUAGUACCAAUUCCAAAAACUACCAGGAAUUUGAUCCCGAAGCUGGAGAACUAGGAAGAAAAAGGUCUUUGGUCAGACCUGAAAGACUGAGAAUCGACCAAAGUCAUCCAAGAUACCACUAUACUCAAGUCACCAACCAACAGUCGGACCACUUGAAAGUACAACCUUCAUCUACCGGAUUGGAUCCGCAGGUAUCUAAUCAUGACAGCACCUAUAAUCCAAGAAACAGUUUCCACAGUUAUAGAACCUUGAAUUCUAAAUAUCCCGAAGAACAAGAGGGGAUCCCGUUGAUGGACUAUGGUGAUGAAAACAAAUCCAAUACUGCUUCUCCCCACAAAGGCGGAACCGAAGUAUUUGGGUUGAAUGAUGAGGUCGAGUAUUCUCCUCACAAAAAGGAUGUCAUUAAGAAGAACUCUCUCAAAAGAAGGCUGAUGACUAACCAUGACAACCGUGAGAGCGACGGUACUUCCAUGUGGAGGAUAUACUGUUAUAUCAUCACCUUCUGGGCCCCUUCUCCACUAUUAUACUUGUUUGGCUUAAAGAGCAAGGAGAGACAAUUUGCUUGGAGGGAAAAAAUUGCUUUAAUCUCGGUGAUCUUGUACAUUGGAACCUUUGUGGCCUACUUGACGUUUGGAUUCACCAAGACUGUGUGUUCCAAGACAGCCAUAAGAACCAGAAUUAACGAAGUGAAUAGCGGAUACUUGAUCAUCAAUGGUAGAUCUUUCGACUUGACCAAGUCUCAACAUCCAGGUGUUGCUGGUAUUGAUGCUGGUUCCAACAUAUUAUAUCCUCCUACCAAUGCUGGUGGAAAAGAUGCAUCUCUUUUGUUUCAAAAUGUCAAUGGAAACUGUAAGGGUUUGAUUAAACCAAGGGAUAACUGUACGAUUCCUACUAAAGAUACGGAUGAAGUCGCAUGGUAUAUGCCUUGUAAGUUGUUGGAACAAGACGGAUCAUCUCAACCCAAUUUUACUACUGAAUAUUAUGAUGGUUGGGCAUGUCAUACUAGUUCUGAUGCUAGAAAUGCUUAUUAUAAUUUAAAGGUAACUGGAGAUGUUUACUUUACGUGGGGUGAUAUCAACAAUAGUUCGAGAAAUUUGGUGGUAUAUUCCGGUAACGUCUUGGAUUUGGAUUUGAUCAACUGGAUUCAAUCAGAUGAUUUAGAGUAUCCAACAUUAUUUGACAGAUUGAGAGAUGAAGAAGCUUAUAAAGGGCAUGAUAUUUCAUUGGUCUUGUCUAACAGUGACGAAAGGCAUGCAGCCAGAUGUUUAACUGAAAUCAUUAAGGUCGGUACCAUUGACUCCGAUACUAUAGGUUGCAUUGCUUCCCAGGUGGUUUUGAUUGUAUCCUUAGUUUUCAUUUUAUCGGUGGUGGUUGCCAAGUUCUUAAUGGCCUGUUACUUCAAAUGGUUCAUUUCCUUACAUCAAGGGGCUACUGACUUAAAUAGUAAAUCCAUGGAAUCAUCCAACAAAAGCAUGGAAAAUUGGGUAGAUGAUGAUGGUGCCCUCCAAAGAAAUUUGGUGGUUAUUCCCCUGAAAAUGAGAGCUGACUAUAAAACCAACAGACAAUCUGUGUUCAAGAGAAUGUCUUUGACACCAAAUGAAAUGUCACAAUACUAUAUCAACAGUGAAAAUUUGUCUAAGAACUUCAAGUAUACCACCAUGGGCACUCAAAACUAUUUGAUGGCAAACAAGAACCCUCAGAAGACAAAUGCAUCCAAGAGACAAUCGACCAUGUUCUUGAAUGAAACUUUCAACUCUUCGACUGACUUAUUGAACAGACAAUCAACUGUAAAUCCAUUUGAUAUUGACGACUUCAGCACGAUGCAAGGUUUAUCCCCUGAUAUCAUUCAUCCAGAUGUUGUACCUCAGCCACCAGUGGAAUAUCAGCCUUAUGGAUUCCCUUUGGCUCAUACCAUGUGUUUAGUUACCUGUUAUUCUGAAGAUGACCACGAAAUAAGAAUUACUCUUGAUUCGGUGGCCGUUACCAAUUAUCCAAACUCCCAUAAGUUGAUUGUGGUAAUUUGUGAUGGUUUAGUCAAAGGUUCAGGUAACGAGGAAACCACCCCGGAUAUUGUGUUGGGCAUGAUGACUGACUUUGUGGUACAACCUGAGGAGGUGCAACCAUACUCAUAUGUGGCAGUUGCGCAAGGUUCCAAGCGUCACAACAUGGCCAAAGUAUACGGUGGAUUCUAUAAGUAUGAUGAUUCCACUGUUCCCCCUGAAAAUCAACAAAGAGUUCCCAUCAUCACGAUUGUGAAGUGUGGAACCCCAGAAGAAGCAAACUUACCGAAGCCAGGUAAUAGAGGUAAGAGAGAUACCCAAGUUGUGUUAAUGUCGUUUUUGCAAAAAGUCAUGUUCGAUGAAAGAAUGACUGGUUUGGAGUUUCAAAUGCUUCAAACUAUCUGGCAAAUAACUGGAUUGAUGCCUGAGAUGUACGAGAUUACCCUAAUGGUAGAUGCAGAUACUAAAGUGCAUCCAGAUUCCUUAACUCAUAUGGUGGCAGAAAUGGUAAAAGAUCCUGCAAUCAUGGGAUUGUGUGGUGAAACAAAGAUUGCAAAUAAGAAUCAAAGUUGGGUGACAUUGAUUCAGGUGUUUGAGUACUAUAUUUCCCAUCACCAAUCCAAAGCAUUUGAAAGUGUUUUUGGUGGGGUAACAUGUUUACCAGGUUGUUUCUGUAUGUACAGAAUCAAAUCUCCUAAGGGAUCAGAUGGAUUCUGGGUGCCGAUUUUGUCAAAUCCUGAUAUUGUUGAAAGAUAUUCUGAUAACAUCACCAAAUCAUUGCACAGAAAGAACUUGUUGCUAUUAGGAGAAGAUCGGUAUUUAUCUUCGUUAAUGUUGAGAACCUUCCCCAAAAGAAAACAGAUUUUUGUUCCAAAAGCUGUUUGUAGAACCGUUGUUCCUAAUAAGUUCAGUGUUUUAUUAUCCCAAAGAAGACGUUGGAUCAAUUCCACCGUGCACAAUUUGAUGGAAUUGGUCUUGGUCCGGGAUUUGUGUGGUACCUUUUGUUUUUCGAUGAACUUUUCGAUUUUCAUUGAAUUGGUGGGUACUGUGGUUUUGCCUGCAGCCAUUUGUUUCACCAUCUACGUCAUUGUGUAUGCCGCCACCACGACUCCUACUCCAGUCUUAUCGUUGGUGUUAUUGGCGUUGAUUUUCGGGUUGCCAGGAUUAUUGAUUGUCAUCACGGUGUCAUCCUUUCAGUACCUCGUAUACUUCGUCAUCUACUUAUUCGCAUUGCCAAUCUGGAAUUUUGUUUUGCCUACCUACUCGUUCUGGAAGUUUGACGAUUUCAGUUGGGGAGAAACCAGACAAGUUGGCAGUGAAGACAAGGGAUCGCAUGGAGACCUUGAAGGGGUAUUUGACUCGUCUCACAUUGUCAUGAAACGGUGGAGGGAAUUCGAAAGAGACCGCAAAAACGAAGGAUUGACCAUGCCUUCAGCUACUUGGAACCCAUCAAACACUAAUUUAUUAAACGACUCGUUCUCCAAUUAGAACCGUCAGCAAAAAGUACGGACCGUUUCUAUAUAUUAAUAAUAUAUUUAUCAAUUGGUUCACCGGUAGACCACCGAACUUGAAGGAGACAGUUGGUUCGAGGCUCUAAAACACUUGUCGAGGUAGAUUUCUUUGAAUUUGGUGAGUCGAUGGGUGUUUUUAGGUCUGUUCAUCGCCGGCUUGAACGCCGAACCCUCUGUAGCAAGAGCGAAAAGCAUGUGGCAGCAAACUACGGGUUGUCCAUAAUUAUAUAUACAUAAAUGUACAAAAACUUUAACUGCCAAUUACAUGCGAGUUUCAGGCCAAGGACGCCAGUUGCAGAUAUUUUUUCGCCAAAACCUUGAUUUUCUUAGCACAGUCCAAUAAACGAUACCCUCGAACAACCUUAAUAAACGGCUUUCAGACUGAAGGAAACUGUAUCAAAAAACAUCUCUACCUGGUUGAGACUCAAUUGUUUUGCAGCUGCCACCGGUUGCAGCCAUUGUUCCAAGAAAAGCUAUGGCGAGUGCGCGUGCACCGGAGAUAUUAAUAGAAACACCAUAUUCUCAUGGCAGCAAUCCCGCCACCCGACAACGUCUCUCAGUGCACGUGAGAAUCCUCCAGCCAUAAUGGGGUAUUAUAUCGAAUUGCCCGGCAAUAUAACCCCUGAAUAUGUGU